ACAGCUGUUCCGAUCGGCGCCUUUUUGCUGCGGAUGGCGCAUAAGUUGAUAAACUAAAUACAAUAUUUUGAAAUACAUAGAUACGCACACAACAUGUCUUUGCAACAAGCUCUAGAUGAUUGCCUAAUCGACUUCGACAGACGUGUGCUGGUCACCGAUUUGCUGGAAGAGUACAAAUUAACAUAUAAAGAAACUCACGAACUGCUCGAGGCGCACAUUAAACAGCAAGAAAGUGCAAGUGCCACAAAAUACGAGAAACGCUUUCUCGUCCACGGCAUGCAGACUGGUGGGGACGGUGAGCUGUAUACGAUUGUGCAAGGCGAAGAUAAACUGAAGGAAUGGCUGGCCAAAUUGCAAAACUCGCAAUUCCAGCUGUAUUCAGUGGAAGUGGCUGGCGGCUCCAAGAGUGCUGCACCUAUUUUCAAGCCCAUGCAGCAUGUGGAGGUGCAGUUAGCUAAGCUGGAGCAGCGAGCAGGCGCCACGCCCAAGGGAGUCACCAAUGGCGUGAGCAAUGGUGUCCACAAGCCCUCAGAGAUAUCAAAGCCGUCCAGCAUCAAGGUGGAACAGUCAAAACCGAGUGCCACCAAAGUGGAGUCUGCCGCACCCGCAGAGCAGCAUAACAAAACAUCGCCGAGCGAGCAGAAGAGCAAAGCAAAGACACCAGCAGCAGCUGCGAAAAAGGGUAGCAUCGGCAGCUUCUUUAGUGCGGCUCCGGCGGCUAAAACGCAGCCUGCCAAGGAAAACAAAGCAGCUGCCGCCAAACCUGCCGCCGGCAGCAUGGAGAACUUCUUUAAGAAGCAACCAGCGCCCAGCAUCAGUCAGGCAAAGCAAAAAGAAGAAGCAAAGUCUGCCAGCAACACCUCCGUUCAGCUGUUCGCUGAGGAGAGCGAGCCGUCCUCCGACGAGGAGGAGAAAUUGGAUAAGCUGCGACGCAAGGUGGUCGGUUCAGGGGACGAGUCAGACGAAGCGGACGCGAAGCCAACAGGUAGCAAGCGGCGUCGCAUUGUGGACUCCGACGAUGAGGAGCAGCCACAAAAGAAAUCAGCAGAACCGCAGCAGGCAAAGGAGGCAGAGGAGCCAAUGGAAGUGGAGGCGGCGACAAAUGAAACCUUUCUAGAUGAUGAUGGCUUUGUUAUAACUGUAAAGGCCAAGAAACCAAUGCAAGCGGCCAAGAAAAAGGCCUCGCCAACAGCAGCAGCAGCAGCAAAAGCUGCAGUUUCAUCUGCACCAACUACAAAGAAAAAAUCACCGCCGGCAGCAGGCAAAAGCGCAAAAGAGACGCCUAAAAGCAAGCAGGGCAGCAUAACAAGCUUCUUCACCAAAAAGUGAAGGCGUUCCCAACUAGUUUAGUUAUAUGUUACAAUAACUGAGAUUAACAAAUUAAAAUGCUUGCAUUCCCGAAAUAUACACGAAAUACUACAAAUAAUUAUACGUAUACUUUAUAUUAAAUUAAACAUUUUUCUUAGUUUUCUCACAUUCAAUAUUUUACACAAACUAAGUUCACAAAAUAAAUAUUA